AUGGGGCGUGUGGCGGCAGCUGGGGCCCUACUGCUGGCACUGGGAGCCCCCCUGGCUGCGGAUGCAGAGCUCUCAGGGGUGUUCCAGGAGAUGGUUAAGUCCAAGUGUCACUUCAUUAAUGGCACUGACCGCAUGAGGUUCAUGGAGAGGUUCCUACACACCUGGGAGCAGCUCCUGCACUUUGGCAGCGAUGUGAGGCUGUACGUGGGGGACACCUCCUUUGGGGAGAAGAUUGCCCCAUACUGCAACAGAGACCCGCAAUGGAUGGAGUACAGAUGGGCUGUGGUGGCACACUACAGUUGGCACUUCUCGCACAACUAUGAGCUGUCCAUCCCAUUCCUCGUGAAGUGGAGAGUGCCCUCCAGCAUUUCCAUCUUGCUGGGGCCCUCGAGCUUCCAGCCCAGCCCUGGCUGCCUGCUCUGCUCCAUGAUGGAUGUCUACCCUGCCGAGAUCGACUGGUCCCAGGGCCAGCAGCAGCUCUUGGGGCACAUGGUGGCCACUGAUGUGGUUCCCACCGGGGACUGGAGCCAGCAGCUCCUGGUGCUGCUGGAAACCCCCCCGCAAUGCGGGCUCAGCUCCAGCUGCCAGGUGGAGCACGUCAGCCUGGAGCACCCCCUGAGCCGGCACUGGGGCACGGCCCGGCCCCCACAGCGCCGGGGGCAGCGGGGGAGGCACUGGGGGGGCUGGGAGGGUGAUUGGGGUGUGCUGGGAGGAACUGAGAGGGAGUUUGAGAUAGUCUUAUUGAAACUGGGAGAGGGCUUCAGGUGCCUAAAAUGGCUGAGAAGGAGCUUGAAGGAUGUUGGGGAGGGUGGGAUGGCAUUCCAGGGAUCCUGGUAG